UCCUUCUCCCGCCGGCCGUGCGCGCCGCGAGCGUUGCCCGGAGACGACAAUGGCGGAGCGGAGCCCCAGGGCGGUGCCGCUGCCGCAGCUCCGAUCGCAGCUGCAGGAGGCGCGCCAUGCCAACACCCUGCUCCAAAUGGAGGUGGAAAUGUUUGAGAAAUGUUACCAUAAGAUGGAGUCGUGUGGCCCGUUUCUGCUGCAUCAGUCUGAGAUGAGUGCUCCACCAGAGCCAACACAGACACGUGGCAGGUACAAAUCCAAGCUCCAUGGUGCGACAGACUGUCUUGUGGGCUUGACAGUGGAGCAGAAAUGUGAGCUGGCUCAGCGGGAGCUGACUGAGAUGGAGAAUGACAUUCAGAGUAUGAAGGAGGACUCAGAGCAGACCAUGGAGAAACUCAAGGCAGUCACAGAAGAAGCAGAUGCAUGGUGGACUGAUGUUAAGAAGCUAUCAGUGACUUUAGACAUUACCAGCACCAUCUCCUGCAAGAGAGGGAGUGUCAUAGCUUCUGAGAAAGAAUACAUGGAGGAGAAGAACUGCCAGAGGUCAUUGCUCUUGAAAAAUUUUUUGCUUAAGAGUUACAAGAAGAAGCUCCGCAGCAUUAGACAGAAGGAGCAGGUGGGAGAGACACUCUGUGAGGUCCGUUUGCAGCAGCUGCAGGUUAGAAAUGCCCAGUACCAGGAGAAGAUUGAUGAGAAGAAUCAGGAGCUGUUGAAGUUAAAAAUUACCUUAGGGAAGACUGUUCAAGUCCUCAACUUCUAUAAAAGGAAGCUGCGGGAUGCCAUGGAAACAUCUACUUCUCUGUCGAAAAACAUCUCCCAGAGGAAGGAGCUGCUGGAGAAAAUCGAAAGAGAAGCUGCUCUGGUGGAGGAGCAACAAGCAGAAGUUGAGAGUGUGAACUGUCAGCUGCAGAAGCAGCUCUCGGAUUACAGUGUCCCCCCUGUGCUGAGUUAUGUGCAGAAGAAGAUGGAUGUUACUGACCUCAAGAGCAGCCUCAAGGCUUGGGCGAGGAAGGUGACAGUUGCUGAGAUGUCCUUGCAAAGCUACCGCAGAGCAUGGAACCAGGUCAGGAUGUAUUAUAACCACUACUAGGUUUGUCCAAUGCUCCAAGGCAGACUGUGGAAGCUGCAGAAGGGCCCAGCCCCACGGGGAAAUUUGCUGUCAAGUGGGUGAAUAUGGCACUCUGUACACUGCAGUGAGAUGGAACCACUUCUGCUUUAAAUAAUAAAGAAAUCCAUGGUUCUGUUGUAAGGCCACGUCUUCGGUCUGUC